AUGUCGAAGAAUGAUUGCAGCUCGUUACUGUCAACUGCUUCGUAUCUGUAUCCGAUAGCGUUGCAUUUAUUUUCAAUUUUGCUCACCUCACGGGCUUUACAGAUUCAAUAUCGAUUGAGGGAGAUGUUUCAUCCGUUUUUCAGUCUCCUACUUUUUGUGGUACUGGUCAGCUAUAAUCUGUGUAGUAUUUUUGCGAUAAUCUGUGGUUUAUUGGUGAUGUUCGGCUCACCAGCUCACAUUAUUAUCAUAUUUAACUUUCUCUACUAUUUCUGCUAUUAUUACAUUAAUGGGAUGAUGUUUUGUUUGGUAAUUGAAAGAUUGGUCGCAACCAUAAUGAUGAGGACCUAUGAGUACAAUCGUCGUUGGUGGCCGUUGGCGCUUACUCAACCGUUCGCCAUUGCUCUUUCUAUUGGGAAUAUUUUCGUGACGGAUGUGUUCUCUCGUUCUCUCACCUUACUUUCUCUUUACGGUGUUAUUAUUUUGUGUCUGGUUGUGCUGCUCUCGAUCAAUUAUCGUAUCACUACAGCUUUGGCCGGCACCGGAGCUUCUCUAUCCGCCAGAUAUCAAAUCACAGAAAAUAUUAGAACUAUAAGGGUGGUGCUUCCGGCCGUACUUUUCGACGCUCUCGUUUCAGUCGUAGACGUUUGUGGUACCGUAUUUUUCAAUCUACAUUAUACUUUCAAUAUAGACCGAUGUACAGAUGACGUAUACAUAAAAUCCUUCUACGGUUUUACUACGCUAUCAGCAAUAUUCGAGUUCCUGGUGCCUCUAUCACUUCUACUGUCUCAUCCAGCCUAUCGACGACAUUCAUUGCUAUUGUAUGAACGUCAACCGCUCAGCAGAAUACAACAUUCUGUUGUUAAGGAUAAAACGUUGCCAAAGGUGGUUAACGUUCUCGGGAUAGAGAUCACAAAUGCUGGUGAGCAGGCGUAUUUCGAGAAUCUCUCGCGGGUAUGGAAUCUUCGACUAUAG